AUGUCGUCCGAGCCCGCCCUCUUCCAGCCCAUGCAGAUAGGCAAGAUCGGCAAGGUCAGCCACCGCGUCGUGAUGGCCCCGCUCACGCGCUACCGCAACACGGCCGAGCACGUCCCGAUGGACAUCGUGCUCGAGUACUACACCCAGCGCGCGAGCGUCCCCGGCACGCUCCUCAUCACCGAGGCGAUCAUGAUCUCCCCGCAGGCGAGCGGGCUCCCGCACGGGCCCGGGCUGUGGAACGAGGAGCAGAUCGCGGGCUGGAAGAAGAUCGUCGACGCCGUGCACGCCAAAGGCUGCUUCCUCGUCUGCCAGCUCUGGGCGCUCGGGCGCGCGGCGCGCCCCGCGCUCUUCCACAAGGAGUUCCCCGACUACCCCUACGUCUCCGCGUCCGACAUCCCGCUCGAGGCGCGCCCCAACGACGUCCCCAAGCCGCUCACCAAGGAGGAGAUCAAGGAGUACCUCGGCUGGUUCCACCAGGCGGCCAAGACCGCGGUCGACGUCUGCGGCUUCGACGGCGUCGAGGUCCACGGCGCCUCGGGCUACCUCCCCGACCAGUUCCUCCAAACGCGGUCGAACGCGCGGACGGACGAGUACGGGGGCGCGGCCGCGAACCGCGCGCGCUUCGCGCUCGAGGUCGUCGACGCGCUCGUCGCCGCCGUCGGGGCCGCGCGCGUCGCGUACCGGUUCAGCCCGUGGAGCACGUACCAGGACAUGCGCAUGGCGGACGACGGGGACGUCGUCGCGACGUUCGCGCACGUCGUCGACGCGCUCAAGGCGCGCCACCCCGGCCUCGCGUACCUCCACUACGUCACCGGCACGUCGUUCCUCAACGCGCCCCCGAAGGACCCGGAGGACCUGGACGUGAUCUGGAGGCACUGGGCGCCGCGCCCGACGAUCGCCACCGGCGGGCACACGCGCGAGUCCGGGCUCGCGGUCGCGGAGACGGGCCAGCUCGUAGGCUACGGCUCGCUGUUCAUCGCGAACCCGGACCUGCCGUUCCGGCUGAAGCACGACGUGCCGCUCAACGCGCCGGACCCGUCGACGUUCUACGCGUGCAUGGAGCCCAAGGGGUACAUCGACUACCCGUUCUCGGACGCGUUCCUGAACGCGCAGAAGGUAUAG